AGAAUCUACACUCCCCAUGAUCAGCUUGAAGUCGAAGUGACAAACUAGACUCGACCAAGGCCACUAAUGGCGCCGCCAUCUCAUGCUCCCCUACCUGCUGAUCUUCUUCCUGUUUCAGAGCCUCUCCUCCCCAAGGAGGACCCUUCUUCUCUAGACGACGUCAUAGAGCAGCACAUCGGUGGGUUCGGCCUCGCGCAGAUGUUCCAAGCUUUCCUGGUUUCAUGUGCAUGGAUCUUCGAUGCCCAGUACACCUUCAUCAACAUCUUCACGGACGCCGAGCCCAAAUGGCACUGCUCCCCUGACUCCGCCGCCGCCGGCACCUGCUCCCCUUCUUCCUCCAUCUGCUCCAUGGACUCCUCCCUCUGGUCCUGGGACAGCCCCGCUCAUGCCUCCAUUGUUUCCCAGUGGAAUCUCACGUGCUCUGUGAAUCCCGUCCUCGCCGGACUCCCUCCUUCUGCCUUCUUCAUGGGCUGCCUCGUCGGCGGCCUCGUGCUGGCCACUCUCGCCGACUCCACCCUCGGCCGGCACAAGAUGCUCUUCCUCUCCACCUUCGCCAUGGGCCUGUCCGGCAUCCUCACCGCCGCCUCUCCCAACAUAUGGUUCUACUCUGCCGCCAGGUUCGUCGGCGGCGUCGCCCGUGCGACCGUCGGGACCUCCGCGCUCGUGCUGUCGACGGAGUUCGUGGGCAAGCGGUGGCGCGGCGAGGUCGGGAUCUUCGGCUUCGUCUGCUUCACGUUUGGCUUCCUUUCCCUCCCGGUGUCGGCUUACUUGCUGAGAACGGAGACGUGGAGGCUCAUCUACCUCGUUGUCUCCGUCCCCACGCUGCUCUACUCCCUCCUGGUCCGCUUCCUCGUGUUCGAGUCCCCGAGAUGGCUCAUCGUAAAGGGGAGGGAGGGCGAAGCGGUGGACACGCUGAGGCGCAUUGCGAGGAGGAACGGCAUGGCCGACGACUUCUCGUUGACGGUCGGGCUGUGCUACCUGGCCGGAGAAAAGGACGGAGCUGGCAGCGGCAACAUCUACUCGGCGCUGAUGGUCCUGUGGCAGAAGCCGUGGGCGUUCAGGAGGUUGACGGCGGUAAUGAUCGCCGGUUUCGGCAUCGGGCUGGUGUACUACGGCAUGCCGCUGGCCGUCGGCGACCUGGACUUCAACCUCUACCUGAGCGUGACGUUCAACGCCCUGUCGGAGCUGCCGUCGGCGCUGCUGACGUUCUUCCUCAUCUCGAAGAUGAACCGGAGGACGGCGGUGGUGGCGUUCACGCUGGCGAGCGGGGUGCUGAGCGUGGCGUGCGUGCUGAUGGGGAAAGGUGUGCAGAUGAUAGCAGAGGUCGUCUCCUUCUUCUGCGCCUGCACCGCCUUCACCGUGAUCAUGAUAUACUGCCUGGAGUUGUUUCCGACGAGCGUGAGGAACUCGGCGGUGUCGAUGCUGAGGCAGGCGCUGGUGCUCGGCGGCGUGUUCAGCCCCAUGCUGGUGGUGGCGGGGAGGAAGGAGAGCAUCGUCUGCUUCGGGGCAUUCGGGGUGAUCAUCGUCUGCGGGCUGUUCGUGGUGUGCCUGCCGGAGACGAAGGGCUGUACCUUCUGCGACACCAUGGAGGAGCAGGAAUGCAGGGACGUGGUGCGAGGACACGACAGAACCGCCACUCCAUGAUCCGUUCACUGUCAACUUGCUUGACACAAUUUUUCUUUUUUCCUCUUCUUUUGUUUAAGAUCUUUCCCUUUUUCCUUUUUCAAUUCAUCGCAGAGCAUAAACCCCUCAAAAGGACUUUGUGCUUCUGCCGCCAAUCCUCUUCCUAGAGAAGAUCUGUUUUAAUCUAUAGAUAUAUAAAUAUCAUGUUAUGCCUCCUGA